UAGAAUCGAUUCGCCCGAUUCGCCGUCUCGGCUAAACGGUCGCGGUCGUUUAACACCAAACACCGUCGAAACCAUUAGGAUUGUGCUGUUGCUCGUUGUUUUGUCGUGUUUCACGUUCAAAUUUCCCUAAAUUCCGGUAUUUUCCACCCCGAUUUAACAUAAUUUAUACGAAUAAACGCGUUUCCAACCAAGUAAGAUCCGUUUAAAGGCCGCCAUAAACCUUAAAUUCGAUUGUUUGUGUUUCGUUGGGAGCCGCAAUGGAUUAUCGGUUCGAAUAAACACAUUCCAGAAACUCCUCGGAUAUAUCCAAGAUCGAUUUCUCGCCGCACAGAUCAGUAACUCGCUGUAAAACUGGGGUAUAAGGAAGCAAACGGCACCAAAAUGGUGGACUACUACAGAGUCCUCGAGGUGCCAAAAACUGCAACCACCGUUGAAAUAAAAAAAGCAUAUCGAAAGUUGGCAUUGAAAUGGCAUCCAGACAAAAACACCGAUAACGUAGACGAGGCCACAAAGAAGUUCAAAGAAAUCUCAGAGGCCUACGAAGUAUUGUCAGAUGAUUCAAAACGAAAAAUAUACGACGCCCGCGGGAGCAGGAACAAUGCCUCGAGAUCGUCCAGGAACUACAGGAGCUAUUUCGACAUGCACAACCCGUUCUCGCAACGUGCCUUCGAUAAAAAACGUCGCGUAUAUGAUCAGUACGGUAAAGACGGUUUGCUCAAUGGAGGCACGCGUGGCAGGAGCCGAUACGAGGACGAUUUCGACUUUGGCUUUGGAUUCUUCACGUUCAGGGACCCCGAGGACGUUUUUAGGGAAUUUUUCGGCGGCAGUGAUGUCUUUGAUCUCUUAACCGACUUACAAAACCCGCAUCGCGCGCACCGCCAUCACCACCUCCACCAUCACCGCGGCACCCGACAUUCCCACCCCCAAAACCAGCUGAGCGGCCUGUUCUCCCCAUUCAGUCUCCUCGGGGGCGGUUUUAUGGACGAUUUCUUUGGUCACGCGGCUGGCGGAGGUCACGGGGGCCACGGUGGUUUUUCCUCGUACAGCAGCAUCAACAGUACGUUCAGUAAUGGAUCGGGAGGUGGUGCUGCCGGCGGCGGAGCUACAGUUAAACGCACCUCCACCUCGACACGGUUCGUUAACGGAAAGAAAAUCACUACUAAGAAGGUGUUCGAAAACGGCAAAGAAACGGUGAUGUCUUACGAGAACGACGUGUUGAAAUCAAAGACUGUCAACGGGGUGCCGCAGAGUCUGACUUACAGUUAAACGGACACCGUGCGGAGCCACAUGCGUCGUAUAUUUAAGUAAUUUUCGUCUAUAGGUCUUGUAAUAGCCACCUACCCAGUACAUACUUUAAAAAAAAAAAACAAAAUCCUUUUAAAAUAAUGUGAUUCUUGGUGUUUAAAUUUGUUCGAGAAAAGUGUGGCCAGCGGCCAACAAAAUUAUUUCAGUGUCAAUAUAUUUAAGACUACUGUUCAACUGUAGUUACGUUUUUAUUUUUUAUCGUCAGUUGUACAUUAUUCCUUAUGUUAUUUAAUAAUUCUGUUUUCAGAAUUCAUCUGGUAUCUUUUUAGUAAGAGUUGUGACGCGUGAGGUGCGCUGAUUUCGGUCGGGAAGUGACAGCGGGUAGUGGUAGAAUUAUUAUUUUUUGGUUCAAUAGUGAAUGUUAUCCCCGAACUUUCUAGACCAGGAAAAUCAGUAUUGCAAACAGUGGAAAGGGUUAUUUGACAAGGUGAUGCAAUUGCAAUCACAUUAUUAUCUGCUCAUUAUUUUAAAGUAAAACAUUUUUUUUUUGUAAUUGAAACAUUCACUUUUAUCCCCAAUUGGGAAAAGAUUUUUUUUUAUUUACGCAAGACUGCUAAUUUUAAAAACGAGCUUAUCUAAUUAUUAUUAAAAAACAACCGGAAACUAUCGCACGCGAGAAUUAAUAAGCGGAUAUUACCUUAGGUUAGUUUAAAAUAAUCUAGCAAGUAAUCAUCUCUUUUUAUUUUAUUUUUUUUUUUUUGGAGAAACUGAUGCGUUUUAUUCUCACAUUUAAAAGUUUAGCGUUUAUAGGGUUUCCUCGCACACAAACAAGGUGUAUAUGUUAAGCUUUCGGAUUUGUGUGCCUGUACAGAUAUUUAAUGGUAAUAAUAAAGAUUAGAUUUAAA